AUGGAGAUUCCCUUGAGGACCCAGAGCUACUUCUCAAAGGGCCUCCUGCUCUCAGCCACAGUCCUGGCCCUCUGGAUCCCCCACAGCUCCUGGGCGGCCCUCCGCAUCCAGAAGAUUCCAGAGCGACCUCAACAGAACCAGGACCUCCUCCUGUCUGUCCAGGGCAUCCCAGACACUUUCCAAGACUUCAUCUGGUACCAGGGGGAGGAGACAGACGGUGGCACAAGGCUGUUCACCUACAUCCCUGAUAUACAGCGGCCCCAGAGGGACGGCAGUGCCAUGAUGCAGCGUGACAUCGUUGGCUUCCCCAACGGCUCCAUGCUGCUGCGUCACGCCCAGCCCAACGACAGCGGCACCUACCAAGUAGAGGUUACCAUGAACCCUGCCUGGACCCUGCGGGCCAAGACUGAGGUCCAGGUGGCGGGAAAGUUUACGGAGCUGCCCAUUACACACCUGCCUGUGAGCGCUGGGAUUGUGGCCGCCAUCUUCAUUGGAUCUCUUGCCGCUGGGUCUCUCCUCAUCGGCAGCAUUGCCUAUCUCCUGGUGACAAGAGGCUGGAGGGGCCAGGGCCACAGAGUGUCCGCUCCAGGAGGCCAGGGCUCUUUGUCGGUCUUGUUCCCAGCUGUGUCCCCAGUGUCUUCAACAGUAUCCAGCUCAUGGACAGCCACCACAGGGAAACUGGAGCUGGGCCCCAGUCAUAACACUGAUGACAACAACAUCUAUGAAGUGAUGCCGUCUCCAGCCCUCCUGGAGUUCCCUCUUAGUGACACGGGGCCCAUGAACACCGCCACGCCCCCGGCCCUGCCCCCACCCCCGCCGCAGGUACCAGAGAACCAGCACUACCAGGAACUGCUGAACCCCGACUCUGCCCCUUACUGCCAGCUGGUGCCAACCCCCUGA